CCUGGGACCACUCGAAGAUGCUGCCCAGGUUUCUUGCCUUCUCUGCUCUGACCCUCCUGGCCUGUGGUAGUCCUACCAUAAUUUCCCGAAAAGAAUGGGGAGCAAGUUCACUCACCUGCAGAGUCCCACUGAGCCGGCCUGUGCCCUACCUCAUCGUAGAGCAGGUUACCAGGAUGCAAUGUCAUGAUCAGAUCACCUGCAGCCAGAUAGUGAGGGUUCUUCAGUCCCAUUAUGUCCACAAUAAAGGCUGGUGUGAUGUGGCCUUCAACUUUCUGGUUGGGGAUGAUGGCAAGGUGUAUGAAGGUGUCGGUUGGCAUGUCCAAGGCUUGCACACUCAAGGCUACAAUAAUGUUUCCCUGGGCAUUGCUUUCUUUGGCAGUAAGACAGGAAGCAGCCCCAGUCCUGCUGCUUUAUCAGCUACAGAGGACCUGAUCAUCUUUGCCAUCCAGAAUGGCUACCUCUCACCCAAAUACAUUCAGCCAUUGCCCUUAAAAGAAGAGACCUGCUUGGUUCCUCAACACUCAACGACAACCAAAAAAGGUCAGACCAUCAACCUAUCAUACUCAGCAUUGCAACACCCUUACUAUAUUUGGGGAUGUUCUCUUAUUAGGCUGUCAAGGGUUUCUUGGGCCUAG